AUGGGUGUGAAGAAUUUGUGGGAUAUACUCGAAUCAUGCAAGAAAACGGUUCCUCUUCACCAUCUUCAGAACAAGAGGGUGUGCGUGGAUCUCUCGUGCUGGAUGGUGCAGCUUCACAACGUUAGCAAGUCACACGCAUGUGUCAAGGAGAAAGUGUACCUCAGAGGACUCUUUCACCGACUUAGAGCACUCAUUGCACUCAAUUGUACACUGGUUUUCGUCGCAGAUGGAUCAAUUCCUGCCAUCAAAUUAUCAACUUAUAGGCGUCGCUUAAACAUUGGAAAGGAGGUUACACAGAUCGAAACUAACUUACAGAAAGUGACUUCAUUACGGAGAAACAUGGGGUCUGAGUUUUCUUGCAUGAUUAAAGAGGCUAAAGCGUUGGGGAUGGCCCUUGGCAUUUCUUGUUUGAAUGGGAUUGAAGAAGCUGAAGCCCAGUGUGCUUUGUUGAACUUUGAAUCAUUAUGUGAUGGAUGUUUCAGUUCAGAUUCAGAUAUAUUUCUUUUUGGUGCAAGGACAGUGUAUAGGGAUAUCUGCCUUGGGGAAGGUGGAUAUGUUGUUUGUUAUGAGAUGCCAGAUAUUGAAAGAAAACUUGGAUUUGGAAGGGACUCAUUGAUUGCUCUCUCCCUGCUUCUUGGCAGUGAUUAUUAUCAAGGAGUUCAUGGUCUGGGUCCAGAGUCAGCUUGUCAGCUAGUCAAAUCAAUCGGGGACAAAUUUGUUCUUAAAAAAUUUGCUUCUGAAGGACUUGAGUGGGUUAAAAAAAGAAAAGGAGGUGAGAAUGAGUUACUGAGGGAUGGUAACAUUUUACAAGUGAUUAAUGCUUAUAUGAAGCCAAAAUGCCACCCAGCAGAUUCAGAUAUUGUGCACAAGGCUCUUGCUCACUAUCCAUUUCAACGUACUAAACUCCAGCAGAUAUGUGCUGAAUUCUUUGAGUGGCCUUCAGAGAAAACAGAUGGGUAUAUCCUUCCAAGUAUAGCUGAAAGAGAUUUACGGCGAUUUGCCAACUUGCGUUUAACUUCAUCUCAAGUUGGAUUGGAUCUUCCUUUACAUGAGAUCCCUGUGAAGUGUCCUGUGUCAGAAGUCAUUAAGAGCCGAAGAGUUCAAGGGAGAGAAUGCUAUGAGGUUUCUUGGGAAGGAAUGGAUGGACUUGAAACUUCAAUAGUACCUGCAGAUCUUUUAGAAAGUGCCUGUCCCGAGAAGAUUUUGGGGUUUGAGAAUAGAAAAGCUCAACAGAAGAAACAAAAUAUUCAGAAAAGAAGACCAAAGAAAAAGGAAACUGUGUCAUCUGUGGCUGAGCUUGAUCUACUCCAGAAUUUGUUGCUGGACAAUAAUUUGAGAGACCAAGGCAAACUUAAUGCCUCUGAUUCUUCAGGAAUGAUCUCAGAGAUUACAACUGCUAUGGCUGAAGUUAAUCUGAAUACCAAAGACUUGUUGCCCCCAUCACAUGACCCACAACAUAAUGGGUUGAUUGAGAACAUUAGCAACAUCUACGAGACUGUUUCCAGUGUAGAUAAAAAUGAGGUCAUAGAUCUUCUGAGCCCUUCCCCUCCUAAGAAACCCCUUACUUUCUCAAAAUGUCACCAACCAAGUGACAAGCAUAUUGAAGUGAUUAAUUUGAGUGAUUCAGAAAAUGACAUGUCCCCUGAACAUAAGCAAAAAGCAAAGGAGCUGAGAUUGUUCUUAGCUAGUAUUAGGAAUGAAAUCCAUUGA